UGAUGGGGACAUCAAGAGAGAUAGCUAUCGGACCAGUGGCUGUAGUAUCCCUCCUUAUAUCCUCAAUGUUGCAGAAACUCAUAGAUCCAGAAGUAGAUCCCUUGGGAUACAAGAAACUAGUCAUAACCACAACCUUCUUUGCCGGGAUCUUCCAAGCUUCUUUCGGGUUAUUCAGAUUAGGGUUUCUGGUUGAUUUUCUGUCGCACGCAGCCAUAGUAGGGUUCAUGGGAGGUGCAGCUAUUGUAAUCGGACUCCAACAGCUCAAAGGUUUGCUUGGUAUCACCAACUUCACCACCAACACCGACAUUGUCUCUGUUCUUCGAGCUGUAUGGCGAUCUUGUCAACAACAGUGGAGCCCUCACACUUUCAUCCUCGGGUGUUCCUUCCUCAGUUUUAUCCUUAUCACUCGCUUCAUCGGGAAGAAGAACAAGAAGUUAUUUUGGCUACCGGCAAUAGCUCCGUUGAUCGCCGUGGUAGUGUCGACGGUAAUGGUGUUUCUGACUAAAGCGGACGAGCAUGGCGUGAAGACGGUGAAGCACAUUAAAGGAGGUCUUAAUCCAAUCUCCAUUCACGAUCUCGACUUUAAUACUCCUCAUCUCGGACAAAUCGCUAAAAUCGGUUUAAUCAUUGCCAUUAUUGCUUUAACCGAGGCGAUUGCGGUAGGGAGGUCGUUCGCUGGAAUUAAAGGGUACAGACUCGAUGGAAACAAAGAAAUGAUGGCCAUUGGAUUUUCGAAUGUUAUCGGUUCCUUCACAUCUUGUUACGCUGCUACUGGUUCAUUCUCUCGGACAGCUGUGAACUUCGCGGCAGGAUGUGAGACAGCAAUGUCGAACAUUGUAAUGUCGGUUACGGUGUUUGUAGCACUCGAGUGUCUAACGAGGCUUCUCUACUAUACCCCAAUUGCCAUCCUCGCUUCCAUAAUUCUCUCAGCACUUCCGGGAUUAAUUGACAUCAAUGAGGCCAUUCACAUUUGGAAAGUCGAUAAAUUUGACUUUCUUGCUCUCAUUGGAGCUUUCGUUGGUGUUUUAUUUGCUUCAGUUGAGAUUGGACUUCUUGUCGCGGUGGUUAUUUCGUUUGCCAAAAUCAUACUCAUCUCAGUCAGACCAGGGGUUGAAACGCUCAGGAGAAUGCCCGGAACCGAUAUUUUUGCAGAUACUAAUCAAUAUCCUAUGACGGUUAAGACUCCUGGAGUAUUAAUUUUUCGAGUCAAGUCUGCGUUGUUGUGCUUCGCUAAUGCCAGUUCCAUCGAGGAAAGGAUUAUGGGAUGUGUCAAUGAGGAGGAGGAAGAAGAAAAUAUAAAGAGCAAUGCCAAGAGAAAGAUCCUCUUUGUAGUCCUUGAUAUGUCAAAUUUGAUAAACGUCGAUACAUCGGGGAUUACUGCUUUGGUGGAGCUCCAAAACAAUCUAACUCAGGCUGGUGUUGAGCUAGUAAUCGUGAACCCGAAAUGGGAAGUGAUCCACAAGCUGAAUCAAGCAAGGUUCGUAAGCAAAAUCGGGGGCAAAGUUUACAUGACAAUCGAAGAAGCUCUCGAUGCUUGCUUUGGAUUAAAAGUUUAAAAAAUAGUUUUCUUAAUAUUACAUAUAUAUAUAUAUAUAUGUGUUACCGGAUAAUAUUGCAUGUGAGUUUUAUGUCAGUUCCUGUAGUUUAAAUUAUGAGAGGUGUGCAUGAUGAUGUUGUAUAAUUAUUUAGUACGUAUGUGUAAUAUUGUAGUGUGCCUUGGUACGUAAGCUCGGUCGUGAUUAAAUAAGUCAUGCAAACUAUAGUGUCAUGACGAUCGAAGGGUGUGUGUAACAAAACUUGGAAAUAAUGUAUAUAUUUAUAUGUACGUUUUGAUAUA